AUGACGCACCAACCUGCACCAAAUGGCUCGAGCCACUCCCCCAAUACUAUGGUUCAAAGCCACGUAAUUGACGCUGCACGGCCUAUGAGGAUCGUUUGCAUUGGUGCAGGUAUUAGGUUUCCACAAGAGAUUAAAAAUCUGGACCUGGUCAUAUAUGAGAAGAAUAGUGAUGUUGGUGGUACAUGUGCCGGAUAUCAGUUCACCUUUGAGAACAAUUCGCAAUGGUCCGAAUUCCUUGCAGGAGGCGCAGAGAUACAAGAAUAUCUCACUCGAACUGCGAAGAAAUACGGUGUUUACAACUAUUGUAAAUUCAACCAUAUGUUUAGGAGCGCCAAGUGGCAUCAAGAUAGGGGAAAGUGGGAAGUUGUGGUUGAAAAUCUCAUCACUCAUGAGACCUUUGCAGACACCGCCGAUGUAGUUCUUACAGCCUCAGGGAUACUGAAUAAAUGGGACUGGCCGAACAUCCCUGGGAUCCACAGUUUUAGAGUUCCAAAACUACACACCGCUUGCUGGGACGACUCGAUCGACGUUGAAGACAAACAUGUUGCAGUCAUCGGAGGUGGCAGCUCGGGCAUCCAGCUCGUUCCCACUCUGCAGCCGCGUGUGAAACACAUGGACCACUACAUGAAAGGGAAGAACUGGAUUUCGCCUCUAGGGAUGGGCAGUGGACUGCUUAAGUCUCGAGGCAUCAAAACAGGAAACUUCAAGCAUACAGCAGAGGAGCUUGAGCAAUUUCGUGGCGAACCAGACACAUACUUGACGUUUCGGCGAAAGGUCGAGCAAGAGCUGAAUGCUGCACAACUAUCCGUAUUCAUGGGCACACAGAUGCAGAUCGAGUUCUACAAGAUGGCCCUAGACUCGCACAAAUCCAAGCUGAAAGAUCGCCCGGACAUAUACGAUGCACUGACGCCCUCGUGGGUACCGGGAUGUCGUCGCCUAACUCCUGGCCCCGGAUACCUCGAGGCCUGUUGUGCCGAGAACGUAGAGUUCAUCAGUACCGAUAUCAAAAUGAUCCAUGCUAACAGCAUCGAAACCAUUGACGGAAUAUGCCGGCCUAUCGACAUAUUAUGCUGUGCGACUGGAUUUGACGUCCCAUACCCCGAAGCCUAUCUUUCCGUAUGCCCGCUGGCUAUGCCCAACCUGUUCAUGUAUCUGGGCCCUAACGGUGGUCCGCUCGCGGGCAGCACGGUGCAGAUGAUUGAAUGGCUCGUACAGAAGAUGCAAAGGGAGUACAUCAAAUCCAUGGUCAUCAGCCCACAAGCAAACGCUGCCUUUAGUGCUCAUGUCAACCAGUACUUCAAAACCACCAUUUUCACACAAUCUUGUGCAUCCUGGUACAAGCAAGGCAAAUCUGGCGACUCACGUGUCGUCACACCCUGGCCAGGCUCCUCAGUGCAUGCAAGAAAAGCACUGAGAUCGCCGCGUUACGAAGACUUCAUUUACGAGGUUCUACCAGAAGUACAGGACAACUGCCUUGCGUGGUUGGGUAACGGCAUGACACAGGCGCAAAUGCAGAGUGAAGAUACGACGGACUAUUUGGAUGGUGUAGCGCCGGGAAAGAUGUGA